GGGUAGGUUGUGCUGCUGAGUUUUUUCUCCACUUUUUUGUCAAUUGUGCUUCGUUGCUGGACCCCUUCUGUAUGAGAGCCUCUCUCAUGUCUAUGUAUCGCCGCCGUCGUCGAGACCUUCACUGCGACGACGACAACAACCACCACGCCGUCACAGUAAUCGCUCUUGGAACCUAGACUUCCAACUCCAUCCUGAUACAUUUAGAGUCGGGUACAACCGAGGACACUCACCAUUCAAAAUGGGCAUCUUUGCUAAGCGCACAAAGUGCAAGACGAGGCGUCGUCUGAGAGAUGUCGAUCAGGUCCAGAAGGAUUUGAUCAAUGCCAGACACUUGGAGCUUUACAAGGAGACCAAGGCCGUGGAGGAUCUGCCUGGUCUGGGAAGACACUACUGCGUCGAGUGCGCCAAAUGGUUCGAUAUGGAAUCGACUCUUGUCAAGCACACCAAGGGCAAGCCUCACAAGAGGAGGUUGAAGGAGCUCAAGGAGGGUCCCUACACCCACAAGGAGGCCGAUGCUGCCGUGGGCCUUUGGACAGACAAUGGUCGUCCGCGGAACACGACCACUGAGAUUGAUAUGAUGUGAAAGCGGCUACUUCUUCCAACAUUGCAUGCAGGCCAGUCUCAACUCAUGGACGCUAAGGCGGUUUUCACAUUGCGUUGCUAUUUCUUACUUACUGCCCGAUUUAUUCCGCAUGGUCGAAGAAUGGGCAAAGGCGUUUGUUUGUUACCACAAGGGCUAUAUGGGCGGCGUUUCAUCAAGUAGGGCUUUGUGGUUUAGAUGAUUUUAUUCCCAUUUCACAUGCAGGGCUGUUGUAGAAUCUGGAUAGUGAAGACUUUUGUCGUUUGAAGGACGGUAUAACUCGAGGACUGUUUUCAGAAUCUUGCGCCGUCCACCUAGCCUAUUUGGCAACUCAGGAGGCCAACGACGGUCUUCAUUGAGCCAGUUCUCGGUCAGGCAUCUGACAUGAGGUAAACGUUUCAGUGAUAUUGCUCGUUUGCCCCGUCACAUUGCCGAGCCUAGAGGCAUGCCUGCGAACAUUGAAGGUGAUUUUCUUUCUUAUCUUCCGUCAACACAUCCAGAACUACCUCAGACCGCUUUUCGUUUCAUCCAACAAGGGACCAUACGCUUCGAUUUAUCCAGGCUGUGUGCUAGCUGGCCCAUAGAAUUUCCAUAAUGGCUAGGAAAAAAACCGUUGUCGAACGAACAGCGCAUCCGCGCAUUCAACCA